AUGAACCACGAUCCUUAUGUAUGGGGACGUCCCGAUGACGCCGUUUACGGGGCCUAUAACCAUGCAAUUGCCAAUGCCAGCAGCCAUGGCAACGUACAGGAAGAAACCAGCUUUCCCAAGAUGAAUAGUCAGCAACCAAUCAUUACUGGAACUUCGGUGAAUUCGAUCAAAUUUAAAGACGGAGUAAUUGUUGCUGCCGACAACAUGGGAUCAUAUGGAUCCUUGCUUAGGUUCAACAAUAUCGAAAGAAUCUUCAAAGUUGGUAAAGAAACCGUCGUGGGAGUCUCAGGAGACAUCUCAGAUUUCCAACAGAUUCAAAGAUUGUUGGACGAAUUGGAGAUUACCGAAGAAAUAUAUGACAACGAUGGAGGACACAACUUACGGGCACCCAAUGUCCAUGAAUACUUGACAAGAGUGUUGUACAAUAGGAGAUCGAAAAUGGAUCCUUUAUGGAAUGCCGUUGUAGUGGCUGGUUUCAAUGAUGACAAAACUCCUUUUUUGAGGUAUGUGGAUUUGUUAGGCGUCACCUACGGGCUGUCGGCUAUAUGUACCGGAUUUGGAGCCCACUUGGCUAUUCCGCUUUUGCGUCAAUUGGUUCCUGAUGACAAGGAUUACCAAAAUGUGACAGAAGAACAAGCAAGAGAAGCCAUUAUCAAUUGCAUGAAGGUUUUAUUCUACAGAGAUGCGCGUUCCAGCGACAAGUUUACGUUGGUGACUUUAAAGCAGGGCCAGCCCCCUAAAUUUGAAAAGGACUUGCGUUGCGAGAACCAAAACUGGAGGUUUGCCAAGGAUCUCGUGGGAUACGGCAGCACGCAGUUGUAG